AGUUAUGUGGCAUUGUACAACCAACAAGUAUGGAAACUAGAAAUGGACAUUUGUCUCAUGGGACAAGUAAGAGAAGAGAACUGCAUCAGUAUCCCUUUCACUGACGAUAUCAGACCUUCACAUGUUAUUGUUCUCUGCUGAGUUCUUGUGGAAAGCCACACCGACUUGGCUGUCACUUGCAAGGAAGCGCACAUGCUGAUAUGAUUAUAUCUGUGAUGAGCGCUAUGGUCAGAAAUGUUGGUUCAUCUAGUCUGGUGAUAUUGAGGGGUGAUUGUCAUCGGUGGAACAACACAAAGGGUCUGUGGCUCUAUUUCAGUGUUGUACCGGAUGCUUUUCUUUGCACUGUCGCUGUUCUCCUGGGGUGUGGCAUCAGCAAUAUGCUAACAAUAUGGGACCACGGAGGAUCUGUGAUCUUUGUGUUCACUAUGUCGUUCGUUGGCGGACAAGGAACAUUUCAAGGUGGGGGGCAUAUGCCAGGUUUGAAUCGACACAACUUGCUCUGAUUACCAUGGGACCCCGGCGGCUCAGUGCGUCCAGUGCAUCGAAACAAAAGUUCUCGGCUCCGCCUACAGCAGCAACCAUGGGAGUUCCUGCACUCACCUAAACUACAAGUGCUCCAUGCCUUCACUUGUCGUGAAACUCCAGCAGCAAGGCUUCAGCUUGAGGACAAGCUGAGUUUCAAGGAGGGAGCGGUGUUAGGGACCCUUACCUGUACAUGGGCUGCCACGGGAUCCUCAUCAUAGGCCCAGCCCAACCGUCAACCACUAGCAAGGCCUGCUGCUACAUAUAUAGGAGACAAAGGGCAAAGCUAAACUCAUCCAGAAGGAUCACGGCGGCGAAACGGUCUUCCCAGUCUCCUUCGUCUAUCUCUCAUCCCCUUUCCUCUGUAAUCUGAAUUGAGCGAAGCUUGUAUCUCGAAUCCAUGUCGAAUUGAGUGAAUCCCUAGAUGAUACCUAACAGAGCCCUAGUGGAGCCGUAUCCUAGCCCCACGCCGACGUGGCCAAGCUCUGGUGCUCCCCCUAGUGCUUACUGGCUGCUGGUACCUCCGUCGGCGACUCAUCACAGAAUAUGUGGAUAUCCAGUCGACGAGAUGAUGCCGAUGCAGCCAGGGAUGAAGCUAACACCACAGAUGCUAAUGAAGCAAACACCAUGUAUCCAGCUUUACUUGUACGUGCUGGAUGAAUUUUUUGCCGAGGAUGACAUCUUAGAAUCUGUUGCUGAGGAGAUCAUGGUUAAUUUGUAGUCAGGCCCUGAAGCUUUUCAAGCAGGAGCUUCUGGCAGCAGGGGCACUCCAAGGAGGUAGGAGAAAGGAGAAACAAGAGAGAGAAAAUAGUCAUUAGUUCGUCAAUGGAGGAAAGGAGCAGUAGCUCCAUUUUCCUUCUCCCACCGCAUGUCCUGAGAAAAGAAGGUCCUUUGUCUAUCCUGCUUUCGCCGGAACAAUGGCAGAGCACAGGCGGUUCGACAGGCGGAGUCCAGGCUGCCUUGAGGGCCUGUUCAAUUUCCUUGCCCUCAACCAAAAAUUGCAAAUGCCAAAAACGAUCGCAUAUCGAAAGCAUGGUGAAAUAAAUGACAAUGCACUUAGAGUAAAAGUUCCGAAGCCCAAAAGGGACACAGAUAAAGAAGAGACUGUUCUGAAGGAGACUAAGCCCAACAUGUUUAUGUGGAAGACACUCUUGUUCAAGAAGAAAACACAUAAGAAAGAUCAAAAGAAGAAUGACUCGCAUUCCAACUCGCAUGCCAACUUGCCAUCACCAUCACGUUUGACGCGCUCCAGCUCACCAUCAUCAUCACGUUUGACACGCUCCAGCUCAAUCCAUCAUUCAAAAUGCUUUGAUUACGUGGUUCCUGAUGAUUUGGCUUCCGAGUAUCAGAGAAUGAAUGAACUGAGUUCCAACGAGACAGGCUCUAGUCAUGGUGCACAACAGUCAUCACAUGAGAGCCCUCGAGGUCCUGUUUUUCAAGAGUCAUGCAAGACUCGUGGUAGCAUAAAUGGCAAGCAUAUAUUGGAUGCAGAAUCACCAUGCCAGACUCUACCGGAGAAAGUUCCUAGUGAAAAUGAGGUCUCCUCUAAGCAGAAAAAUCUUGAUGAUUCAACACAUCAGUCGAAGGAGUUCUUGGAUUUCCUUGAAUUGUUCAAUGCACACAGGGAACUAUUUCUGAAGAUUCUUCAUGAUCCUUCAUUGCUAGUACCACCUGAACAGCAAGAUCAAGAAGCUUCCUCAAGCCAUGGGGUACCGAUGAGUAAAUUAGAAUCAUUCCCAAGACCAGGAGGAUCAUCAGGGAAGCGCAACCCAAUAUUUGAUCGGAGUGAUAGUGAGAAAAGUAGAAGGGCAGAAAUUCAGAGGUCACCGUCAAGGCCUAAAGGUGACCUAGAAGGCGUAAAAGUCAUCAGUGCAAGGAUGCCUAGUGGCGUUGAGGCCUCAACGGUUUCUCUUGUAGAAUCAAGAAGCCUAAAGAAAAAUGGAACCACUUCCAAUCGAUUUAAAGUUAUAAGUAAGAAGAUCAAAGAUGUCGUAAAGGAUAACCGGAGAGAGCUUGCUAGGAUUACAAAGGAUGGAGUUUUUCAUAAAAUGCCCUAUGGCCAAAAGAUGGUUGAAUUAACCAAGACCGCCUCCACGAAGAAAUUUGUCCAGGAGGAGAAACAAAUACGAAGAUCAUACUCUAUUGCAGAAUCAGUAGACAAGUACUCAACACUCUAUGAUUCGAUAUCGAGGGAAUCAAAAUCUUUUCCAGAAAGACCAAGUACUAGUACUGCACUGGAAGAUGGUGCAAGCUUACAUGUUAAGAAGUCACCGAUGCACAUGAAAAGAAUAAUUUCUCUUCCAGAAAUGCAGUUAUAUUCACCUCAUAGAAAUGUUCUUAUUGAAGUUCCAGAUUCUUGUACUAUGCCCAAGACUUGCAAUAUAGAACCUGCUCACUCUUCUUCAAGCAAAAAUGGUUCUACUAAUAUCUACACAGAAGGAAAUUAUUACCCUGACGACAUUUAUAGUGAGCAAUAUGAUGGAGAAAGUGGUUACCUUGGCUCCCUAGAAGAGGAUUUACGCAGCAUUCUUCGAACUCCCAGUUUAUCUUCAUUUGCUCAGUCUUUCUCCCAUCGACGUAUCAACAGUUUGCCUUCUUUUGACCGCUCUUUUUUGCAAGAUCACAACUAUAGUUUUACCGAGCAUUCUGUAGCAGAUUCAGAGCCGACAUUUGAACACAUGCAACUUGAGGAUGAUGAGUGGUUGGUCAAGCCAUCACAGCUUUCAGGAGAAUGUGCUGCCGAUUCCGGGGAUGAGGAGUGGCUAAUUAGACCACUGCAGCCCUCAAGCAUCAAUGUUACAGAUCAUGAGGAUGAAGAGUGGGUGAUCGAGACACCACAUCUGCUAGGUGCAAAUGCUGUCGAGGAUGAAGAGUGGUUGGUCAAGCCAGCGCAACCCUUGAAUGCUGAUGGUUUGAAUUCAGAGCUCCGCUUUUUACAGGAAAAUGAUACAAGGUCCUUGCGUAUUUACGUCAAUGACAAGAAUGAGGCUGAUUUCCAGUACGUUAAGGACAUCCUCAAGAAAUCCGGGUUUAGCUGUGGCGACGCCGAUUGGUAUGCAACCAACCAGCCAGUCAGUCCAGUCAUCUUCGAGGAGGCAGAAUGCUCAUCUCACGAUCUUGAUAUGGCCAGCGACGAGCCUCACAGCAUCGCAAGGCGUAUGCUCCUGUUCGAUAUCAUCAACGAAGUACUGAUGCACAUCUACGACUCUUCCCUGGUCAAUGGCCCGUGGCAUUCGCGCUUUGAUCCACGAACCAGGCCGAUACCCAUGGGGUCCCACGUCCUAGAGGAGGUGUGGGCAAAUGUUAGCUGCUACCUAAGCCUGCAGUGGAAGCCGAACCACACAGUGGAUGAUGUUGUGGCGUAUGAUAUCAUGCGGAAGGAUAACUGGAUGAAUCUGUUGUACGACGUGGAGUGUGUCGCGCUAGACCUGGAGGAUCUGAUGCUGGAGGACCUUCUGGAUGAUGUUGUACUUCAGAUAGUGUUAAUAUCUAUCGACGAAUGAUAAUUGAGAGUUAAUUUUCCCUGAACGGGUAUAGAUGUUUGUAGACAUAGAAAGCAGAAUAUCCAGGAAGUAGAUAGAAGAUGUCUGAACAGAUCGUUUGAAAUACAUAUCUUCAUUCUGUGUUUGAUCUAUGCUCUGUAUGCAGUCUAAAUUAUGGUUCUUGGUGUACCUCACAGUGUUUUUUUUUU